UCUUCUUCUGUCCAUCUCUCAACUUCAGCCUCCUCAUCAAACGGUAUUCUCUUAUUUUCUUCGUGAAAAUGUUCAGUCGCCUUUGUUUCGGUUCUCCAUCUUCUUCCUCGUCUCAACAUGAGGUUAAGGCGCCUGUGAUGCGGGGGGUCAUGAUGGGUCCGGACGAGCUGGCUUCACGACGCCGUGAAAAGGAUCAGGCUUCCAAUCGUGCCAUCUCGACCUUGAUACGAGAUUUUAGAGACAGGCUCCGUUUCCGCCCUCAAAGGGACCCGGCAGACGAUGACACGUCCCAGCUCUCUCAAGCUGAAGAGAUUCGCUGGUUGAAGAAGAGACUUCAGCUUGAUUUCCCAGUAGACGAAGCGAACGAACUCGUUGCCAUACUUGAGCAUCUGCCUCUGCCAACAGCGCAACUUGCACAGACCCAGCCUGGCCGACCAGCUAAGCCUGAUCCGGUCCUCUCCGUGUUUCUCAGAAACCUCCGUAAUGAGGAAACCAUGAUCGACCUCGAGUCUGACCAGCAAGAUAGCCAGAGAAAAAUCACCAAAGCCCUCGUUUCUCUUAUCCAAAUCUCGUUCAUCGAGGUAGAGCGCCUUAAUCCCGCAGCCAUCCGUCUUCUUUGCUUUAUGAGUAUUUUCAACAACAAAGCUAUUCCGGAUAUUCUGCUCAAGAGUUUCCUAGCGAAAGAGCCCGUACCACAGCCUCCUCAGGUCCAGACGCCGAAGCCAAGGAGGAGUGCCAACCCUUUCCGGUAUUUGCGAUCUGGACAUCGAAACAAUACGGCUAUCACUACCAACGGACCGAAAAGCUCCGAUGACAGUCUCGAUAUGCUCCUUGAAUACAGCUUCAUUACGGAAGAUGCUGGCGGCGACAAGUAUACCAUGAACAAGUUUGUCCAGCAGGCGGUCAAGAACUGGAUCGAGGCUCACUCCGAGACGAAGUACUGGCACCGACGGGCCGUAGAAGUACUCCACCAAGUCUUCCACACUAACAGGGCGAGCCUCUUAGGCAACUUUCCGGCCUUGAUUCCACAUGUCCACGCCGUCAUCCUCGAUCUUCCCGUUCCGGAAAUGCUCUACAUCACAUGUGACAAAGGCGAAGAUCGGGACUAUCUUCUCACGCGAGUGAGCGUCCUCAACGAGUUCACUUCGGAGUGUACCGAAGUCGGUCUACUUGAGCUGGCAGGGCGUGCCAUCUCCGAAGCCGCUGACAUCAAUGCCAGACUGUUUCCACCGCACCGUAGCUCGACUCUCUGGACACAGUCUCGAUACGGACAUGUCCUGAACGCACAAAGGAACAUAACUGAUGGGAAGCUUGCAGAGGCUGAGAGGACGCUGCGCGAGGCUGUGGACAGCGUUGACUUGAACAGCGAUGAGCGCCAUGCUCUGCCGGCAUUACUGACCAGCUUGGGCGAGUCUCUGUACCAGCAGUCCAAAUAUGAGGAGGCGCAUGAGGUUUUCGAACGCGCACUCAAGGACUCCAGAGAGACCGUCGGCACUAGCCAUUCCCGUACGCUGAACUGCCUCCGCAACCUCGCCGUCAACCACAUUGCACGCGGCAACUACCAGACCGCCGAAGAUCUGCAACUGCGAGUCGUGGAGGCCAAAGUCCGCACCCUGGGAGCUGAGCACCCAGAGACCUUGGUGGCAAAGUCCGAUCUUGGGCGUGUCUUCCAUGCGCAUGAAAAGUACGCCGAAUCCGAAAAGAUGCAGCGGGAUGUCUCCAAACUUCUCACGUCCACGCUCGGUGCCGCCCAUGCGUGGAAUUUGCUCAGCCUCUAUCGUCUUGCGACGACCCUCAACCUGCAAGGUAAGAAUGAGGAAGCGCUCACCCUCAAUACCUUUGUGUUGGAGGAACGAAAGAAGAUGUACAAGCAAGAUACCCAUCAGGCUUUGGUGGCGACGAUCAAGCAGCAAGCGUACAUCCUCCGCGACUUGAAGUGGUACGGCGAGGCAGCGAAGGUCUUCCUCAGGUCUAAAGAAAGCCAUGUCAACGCGCUUGGAACAGGUCAUUAUCGCACCGCGAGUAUUAUCGCUGAGUAUGAGGCGAUCUUGAAGCUGGGGGAUGGGGAGUCUAAUGAGAAGAAUGGGGAGACAAAGGCCGGAGAGCAAUCUAGCGGCUCUUUCAACGAGAAGAGCCCAGAUUUGUUUGGCGUUGAUUAGGCGGCAGUGAACUUGACUGAGAUCUUAGAGGUGAUUUCUUUUUUCUUUUAGCCGCAAACUUCAUGCAAGAAGACGAUCACAACACUCGCUUGUCAGCCCUUUUCUAGUCCUUAUCUGCGAUUUUCGUGCCGGGGCGUUUUUUCG